AAACAAUAAGGUAUGUUUUCUUUUGUUGUGUGUGUGCUAUGAUUAUGAGAAGAUCGGUGGUUAGUGCGAUCACCUCCGGAGUACAUAGACGCAAGUUUUAAAGUUCACUUGAACCAUCCACUGCCUGCCUAACAUGUUCCCUUGGUGAAGGUAAACUAAUAUAUUGGGCUGCACCUUCCCGAUUCUUCCCCCACCCCACCAACACACAGUCGGCGUAAAACACUAGUAAACAAACCUCAAACACAUCGAAUCACAUUUUACUGGCCACAGACGGCGUGACAGCCCGUGACUUUCGCUUUUAGAAGUGUACCGACGCAAUGACAUUAACGGGACAUCGAGAAGGUGUUUACAUAAGGUGACCAGACGUUUCGGAGGCGAAAGCGGGACACGUGCCGAUGAUGGUGUCGUCACCGUCAAAGAACGCCGAAAAAAGUGAUUUUUAAAGACAAGCGGGACAUUUGAUGGACUUGCCAGAAAGCCAGAAAGCGGGACAUUGGGCGUCCCGCCCGAUAAGCAGGCGGGACAAGAGGUCGAAAGCGGGACGUCUGGUCACCUUAGUUUACAGAAACAAAUACCACGAGAAAAAUCUGACAGCCUGGCCUGUGUACAGGUGUCACAUGCAGAGAACCUACCUACCCGAAUCGAGAUAAGAAAGUUACAGACCUAACACUGUUGUGCAAACAGAUCACGCGUGCACUUGCUCCCCUGCGCGCGUGAGGCAAGUGUCGGCCAGCAGGCCGUCCGCGCUAAAACAUGGCUGCCGUAGUGUCUGCCUUUUGUUAGAUGACAGUUUCUUCAAAAUAGAAAAGGUAUUCUAUCAUCCGUCGCAGAGCAGAACUUAGUGAAGAUGUCCUUGUUGAUGAAAUUGUAUACCAAGUAACUAUCUACGUCGAUUCAAGAUGGUGUACAUUUACGAAAGGCGUCAGCAUAACUGUGUGACCAUUUGAUGCCAGCGGCUACAGAUGGUGUGGCCUUUGGAUUGGUAUCGCAUGGUGCUGUUGAAGUCGGUGACUGCAGGUGGUUGUUGACAUCCUAAGAGUGAAGAGCUGGUGUGGGAGCAAGACAUGUUCAGGAAGAAGGCCCAUUGUCUUGCAAGAGUCAUCGUGAGCUGCGCCUUAGUUAAUGUUGCAGUUAUCAUCAUCUUCUACAUGUGGGUACUUGCUAGUCAGCACCCAACCUUACAGCAAAGGGACCACCAUGUGAUCCACCAUCAUGCCCCGAAUCUUGGAGAACAAAGGAAUGGAAGUCCAAAUAAAUCCAGUCCUGAAGUACCUAAAAAACCUCCUGGUACUUUCAAUGCCAGUCUAGUAGUAAAGCCACAAAUAAUCAAUGAUCAGCAGCCAGUCCUUCCACCUGUACCUGCUUUUUCCAAGGAUGACUUCGUCCCACCUUUAAAUGAUGCAAUAUUAAAAGAGUACCAGAAGUAUUCACCAAGAGAAGCAAGGGAGACAAUAGUCAUUUUAACACCCAUCCACAAUGUUGCUGGGACACUGCAAAGCACAUAUUUACAUCUUUUACAAUCCAUCAACUACCCUCACAGACUGAUCUCUGUUGCCUUUGGAGAGGAUGGCAGUAGUGACCAUACGCUUCCUGUAGCCGAGGAAGUUGCUGAAGAACUACGAAAAUCAUUUUCAUCAGUCGAUGUCUUCCACUUUAACUUGACUGGUCAGAUUGAAGGUUCUUGGUCUGUGAUCCAUGAAAGAGAAAACCAGUAUAAGCGAAGGCAGCAUCUAGCUCAAUCGCGCAACCUCUUGCUGAAAGCAGGCCUGAAAAAUCAAGACUGGGUGCUGUGGAUAGAUGCUGAUGUGACCUACUUUCCCCCAGAUGUUAUUCAGCAGUUACUUUCUGCUCAGAAAGAUGUGGUUACACCUGCAUGUCUUUUUGAGGACUCUGGUGCAAAGAACUUGAAACGUGUUUAUGAUAAAAAUACAUGGCGAGAAACCAGUUUUUCACUAGACCACUUGAAACGUCUUUCACCACAGGAUCUUGUUCUAGAAGGAUAUGCAGACACUCAGCGUCUGUGGCUUACUGAUUUACGUGCUGAAGGAAAGAUUGUCCCGAUUGAUGGUGUAGGUGGAUGUAUGCUUCUUGUGAAAGGAGACUGUCAUCGCCAAGGCCUUAUUUUUCCUGAAACUGUUUUUCAGCAUCACAUUGAAACUGAGGGCUUAGCAAAGCUGGCUAAAAGUAUGGGCUAUGGUGUGUUUGGGAUGCCAUUUGUGGAGGUCUUACAUUAGGCUCAUUACAUUUAGACUGGCACUCUGCAGACACUCCUGAGGAGAUCAGCUGGAUGUGACUGCAGCUAUAAUGUGCCUUGGAUGACAAAGCUUCGUUUUGGAGUGUCUAGGAAGGUAUUUUUUUUCCAACUAAAAUGUACACACACCUGUUGCUUCUUUUCAUGAAUGAGCUGAUUUCCAGUGAGUCUAUAAAAUUAGAUAGUACUUGCAUUUUUCAGUUACUAUGUAAUGAGCUGAUUUCCAGUGAGUCUAUAAAAUUAGAUAGUACUUGCAUUUUUCAGUUACUAUGUACAAGAGAUUUAGUUACUCAUACAACCACAAUAGCAAAAACUCCUAUGAACUAUGCGGUCAAAUUAAAAAAAAAUAAAACCACAAUUUAUCUUGUCAAAUAAUAAAAAACUUACUACUUAUCAAACUAAACAAAAUACCUGUCUACGAAAAUUCCUACCAGUACUCCAACAUUUCUUUUUUGUUUUUUGUUAUUGGAAAAUUAUUAUUUAGUUAAAAUAUACAAAUUCGGUCCAGUAAUUUUUAAACAGUGAUUAUUUAGGGUGAUGGACUUUUCUUUUACUGUAGAAUGAAGUCAUUUUUAUCAGCUGUUUGACUGUUUACAAUAAUUGAAUAAGCUGGCUUUUCUCUUCCCACUGUAUACACACCCUGGUUGCUCAUUUUUAAGUUGCUAAAACUUGCUUUAUUUUACUCAAACCUACAGUGGACUUGUACACAUGGCAGCUUUUAUGAAACUAAUUCAGAUUCAAGUGCCUCCUGCUUGGUCUUUUUUUUUUUUUUUCCAAUUUUUGUGUAAAUUCUUCUUUUUUUUUUUUAAAUUUUUCUAUGGGAGUAAAUUGUCACUGGACAGUGCAAAAAUAUUUUAGACCCCAUUCUAAGUGGUGAAUGGGGAGACUAGGGUAUUAACCAUCCGAAAUAUAAAUAUACAUUUUAAAAUAUGCAUGUGUGUUAAUGUAUUAUCAUGUCCUCAAUCUGUGAUUUCAAGAGCCACUUUAAAUAUGCUUUGAACUUGAAGCCAUAUCUGUAACAAAAUGUCCCAUGCCAUGAUGCCUCAGACCCAAAUUCUUUUAUGAUUCCUGAUGCCACAUCAUUUAUGCUUUUGAAUCUCCUAGAUAAUUUUCUUCCCAGGAUUUGGGGCACUUAGUGGUUUACACGUGUUUCUAUCCAGUGGGAAACCAUGAUUUUUUUAAUCUACAUUUAUAAUUCCAAUCUUACAAUCUCAAGAGCGGAAGGUAGCAGUUUCACAAGUUUCUUACUUGCAUGUCAUUAUAUAAAUACUACCACACAUUACUUGCACGUUGUUACAUAAAGAUUAGAACACCCUUGACAAGGACCACAUUCCAUGGAAUGACCACUUGCUAUGUAAUGGUAAAUCUCCUUACAAAGCAUUGUCUUAUUCAUUGCAGUUGAUGUGUGGUCUCGGUUUUAUUUUUUGCAGUUGUAAUUGUUUUUAUAUUUGUACAGAAAAAUAAAUGUGUGCAUACAGCUGGA